CUAUGACGAAGAAACACUUGACGUAAAGCCUCUGAAGUCGGUCGCGUCUCCAGAGAAACGCAGCUCGACUGCUAUUUUCGCGUUGAGAAUGUAAUAUUCAUGACGAGCCUUCUCGACGCUGUUGUGAUUAGUCGGGUCCGGCUCAGCUGCGACACUCGGUGCGUCGCUUUAACAACGAGGGAAGCGGGCGCGAGCCGCCGCCGCUCGUCCAGAGAGUUCAGGGAGAGCUGCGGGCAGGACGAUGCAGGCGGGCGGGAGCUGUGAUCCAGCCAUCCGAGGACCGUCGCUGCUGCUCGGGGUUGCUCCUGCCGCCACCGGUGCCCAGGAGGAAGGAGGACUUGUGUGUCAGAGUUCGAGGAUGGCCACGAUUCCCAGUCCUGUGGUCCGGCAGAUUGACAAGCAGUUCCUGAUCUGCAGUAUAUGUCUGGACCGCUACCAGAACCCCAAAGUGCUGCCCUGCUUGCACACCUUCUGUGAGAGGUGUCUGCAGAACUACAUCCCGGCCCACAGCCUCACCUUGUCGUGUCCCGUGUGUCGCCAGACCUCCAUCCUGCCGGAGAAAGGUGUGGCGGCGCUGCAGAACAACUUCUUCAUCACCAACCUGAUGGACGUGCUGCAGCGGGCGCCGAGCAGCUGCAGCCAGGAGGCGGCUGCGCUCAGCAACAUCACCACGGUGACGGCCGGGCAGCUUCUCUCCUGCCCCAACCAUGGAGGCAACGUGAUGGAGUUCUACUGUCCUCCCUGUGAGACCGCCAUGUGUCAGGAGUGCACGAGUGGAGAACACUGCAAACACCCGACGGUUCCUCUCAAAGAUGUGGUGGAGCAACACAAGGCGUCGCUGCAGGACCAGCUGGCUGCUGUGAAGAAGAGGUUGCCGGAGAUCGACGUGGCCCUGCAGGUGCUGUCGGAGAUUCUUCAGCAACUGACCAAUCAAAAGAGCUCCAUCGAGGACAGCAUCCACAGCACCUUCGACGAGCUGCAGAAGAUCCUCAACGUGCGAAAGAGCGUGCUGCUGAUGGAGCUGGAGGUGAACUACGGACUCAAGCAGAAGGUGCUGCAGGCUCAGCUGGACGCUCUGCUGCAGGGUCAGGAGGGCAUCACCAGCUGCUGCAACUUCACAGAGCAGGCGCUGACUCAUGGCACAGAGGCCGAGGUUCUGCUGGUGAAGAAGCAGAUGAGCGAUCGGCUGAUGGAGCUGGCGGGUCAGGAGCUUCCUCUGCAGCCCGGGGAGAAUGACCAGCUGGACUUCCUGGUGGAGACGGAGGGUCUGAAGAAGUCCAUCCACAACUUGGGCACCAUCAUGACGACCAAUGCUGUGGCCUCGGAGACGGUGGCCAGCGGUGAGGGGCUGCGGCACUGCGUGGUGGGGGUCCCCACCUCCAUCACCAUCACCUCCAAGGACAAAGACGGACAGCUGUGCAAGAUGGGCAACGCCGUCCUGACCGCUGAGAUCUCCUCCAGCGAGGGGAACGCCGUGGACGGAGAGAUACUGGACAACAAGAACGGCACUUACGAAUACCUGUUCACCGCCCCGAAGGAAGGGACCUUCAGUUUGUCGCUGCGCUUGUACGAGCAGCACAUCAGAGGAAGCCCCUUUAAGAUCAGAGCGUCCAAGUCGACAGAGGCGACCCUCAACGUCAAGAAGAGGCUCAAGUCGCCGAGUAGUAGCCAUGUCAAGCAGCGGGCCUUCAAGAGGCCGGCGAGCAUGUACAGCAGCGGCCGGAGAAAAGAGAACCCCAUCGAAGACGACCUCAUAUUCAGGAUCGGCACAAAGGGGCGAAACAAGGGUGAGUUCACCAACCUGCAGGGCGUGGCCGCUUGCUCCCUCGGGAAGGUCUUAAUCGCAGACAGCAACAACCAGUGUGUUCAGGUUUUCUCCAACGAUGGGCAGUUUAAAAGUCGGUUCGGGGUCCGGGGUCGGACACCCGGGCAGCUGCAGAGGCCGACCGGUGUGGCCGUGCACCCAAGCGGUGACAUCAUCAUCGCAGACUACGACAACAAAUGGGUCAGCAUCUUCUCCAGCGAGGGCAAGUUCAAGAACAAAAUCGGCUCGGGGAAGCUCAUGGGCCCGAAAGGCGUUGCUGUGGACAGAAACGGCCACGUCAUUGUGGUGGACAACAAGGCCUGCUGUGUCUUCAUUUUCCAGCUCAGCGGCAAGCUGGUGACCAAGUUUGGUAACCGUGGCAACGGCGAUAAACAGUUUGCAGGUCCGCACUUUGCUGCCGUCAACAACAACAAUGAAAUCAUCAUUACAGAUUUUCAUAACCACUCAGUCAAGGUCUUCAACACUGAGGGCGAGUACCUGCUGAAGUUUGGCUCAAACGGCGAAGGAAACGGCCAGUUCAACGCUCCCACUGGAGUGGCGGUGGACGUCAACGGCAACAUCAUCGUGGCAGACUGGGGAAACAGCAGGAUUCAGGUGUUCGACAGCAGCGGCUCCUUCCUCUCCUACAUCAACACGUCGGCAGAUCCUCUGUACGGCCCGCAGGGUCUGGCGCUCACCUCUGACGGACAUGUUGUCGUUGCAGACUCUGGAAAUCAUUGUUUUAAAGUUUAUCGCUACCUGCAAUAGUUGAUGAACUCAUGUUACUGCAAACACCUGGAGUCAAUGGCCUAUUUGCACUCGUCUUCUUACUCAUGAUGUCUGUGCCAUGUGUCGACGUGUUCCUCAGCAGCUGCUGCUCAUUAGUUAUGGAAAACGGUCACACUUCAGUUACUGUGCUUUUGAAAACAAGUCACAUGACAGCAGCUCCCUCCAGUGGUAUCUGCAUGUUGACAAGGAUUUAUGAGCACAAACCAGGAUCCCUUGCAUGUUUUACACUCAACCUUAACAAGCACCCACAACAUCACCAAGUCCAUAUUCAAUAUUACAUGACAAACUCACCAUCUAGUGUUGUCCUUUAACUAUAAAUGACUCCCCUAGUUUAGAACACAAGUGUCUUCCACUGAGUUUGAUUUCUUGUCAAGUGUGCAGUUGACCCACAAACCUGUUGAUCUUGGUAUGCAAACUUCUUAAAGGAAGGAAAAAAAUUGCUCAGGAGUUCAUUGAGAUCCCAUUCCUAUUUCACAAAUCAGUGGUUUGUUUGUGCUCUUACAUAUUUUGUCAUAUGUUGUUUAAACUUGUGAACCCCCCGAUAAUAAAUCUGGCUUCUGUAUUUGUAUUUCACUGUCAUGUUAAAUUAUUUGUUUUCUAUUAUGUUGAUACUUGUGAUGCCAAAUGGAAAUAAAGUGCCCAUAUAAUAGUAACAGCGUGUCU